CUUCAUCUCUAGCAAAUUCAUCUGUUCGUUCGUUCUUCUCCCCCAAAUCCAGUCGACCUAAAACUAAUAUCCAUUGAGUAUUUUAAUACGAACCCAUUAGUUUUAAAUUCUUCAUCUGAUUGGUCAAUCAUGGAGGAAUCGUUUAACCCAAUGGAUUUCAAAACACAUUUAAUUGAGGAAUUGAUGCAAACGGAUAUUUGGUCAACAAUAGUGGCUCAGAUGUUGAAAUAGAGGAGAGAAUUGAAUCAGAAUAAGAUAAAAUAAAUGAUGCAACAAUAGAGAAAAGAAAUUGUGCUGAGAAAGAGAAAGUAAAUGAUGCAGGAACAGAGUCAAGUAAUUAUGUAGAAACAGAGCAAAUAAAUGAUACAGAAUUAGAGAAAAGAAAUGAUGAAGACAUGGAUUUUGAGUUGGAGAAAGAAGCAGCUAAUGAUGUAAUAGGAAAGGUUUUUGAUACCCCCAGUGAUGCAUAUGACUUUUACAAUCGCUAUGCAUUUUUACAUGGAUUCGGAAUACGUAUUUCUUCGGCAUUUAAAAAUAAGACAACAAAUGAGCCUUAUUGAAAGAUUGUUUUUUUUUGCUGGCAUGACAUCAAGCGGAAGAAGCGAGAGUAUUCAUUCUUCUUUUGACGGAUAUGUAAAAUCAAAGACCAUGUUAAAUGAGUUUGUAAUACAAUAUGAUAAAGUUGUUGCGGCUCGAAGGGAUGCCGAAGAAGAUGAAGACUUCAAGACCAAGAAUUCCAAGCCAGUUCUUUCUUCUGUUAAUAUGAUAGAGGCAAAAGCAGGUUCACGUUACACUAGAAAUCUCUUUGAUGAAUUCAAAAAAGAAUGGACAGAGGCUACCUUCAAUUUAACUCAUGAGACCAUCAGCAAGACUUUAGAAGAAAUCAAAUAUAAGGUUGGACAAUUGGGUAUUGAUAAAAUAUAUCAGAGAAAUGUUAACUUUCGUAUUUCCGAUAAGAUAGAUGUCACAUGCUCAUGUGCAAAGUUUGAAACAUAUGGGAUGUUAUGCAAGCAUAUCUUAUAUGUCUUGAAGAAGAGACAUGUUGAAACUCUUCCUGAUCAUUAUAUUUUACCUAGGUGGACACUUGAUGUUAGGUAUAAAUCGGAUAAUUGCACUAUUGGGCUCGAAGACAUAUAUAAAGGAAAUGAAGUUAGUGCGUUAAGAUUAUGGUGUGUUCAAUCUAAUUUUAGUAAAGCGAUCGAACAAGCAAGAGACUCUCCAUCUGAGAUAAAGAGACUAGAUACAAUCUUGUUGAAAUUUUUAGAAGAGCAAAGUAUUCGAACAAAAUCAAAACCGUUUGAGAUUGCUUCACAAGAUGCUAACGUGGGAAGUUCGAAAGUAAACAUGAUUCCUCAAAUUUCUAUUCGUGAUCCACUAGUUCAUACGAAUACUAAAGGUCGUCCCAAAAGUGCAAGCAGAAUCAAAUCUUCCCUAGAAGCACCAAAAAAGAGAAGUUGUUCUUUCUGCAAAAAAGUUGGUCAUUACAUCAACGGAUGUCCAGAAAAGAAGGAACUUGAGUCUAAACUAGAGAGAGAAUGAUGAUUAGUGCAGCAGAGUCUAAACUAGAAAGAAGGAUGAGGUGUGCAUCAGCUUGAAGUCCAGUAGAAUAGCAUAUACUAAGAUUUUGGUUUCAUUAAAAGUUGAG